GAGGCAGCUCCUCUUCAACUUUGCUGCUUCCACCCGUCAGAUCUGGGAUUCCUGAAGUUGUAAUGCUUGUACAGUUAAACUACUGACAAUGCCUGCAGAAAGACUGCCCGUCCGGAAUGCGUCCAUUUCUAUCCGUUUACUACAACAAUAUCUGGUUCUUCUGAAGAAGUAUCCCAUCCUCACUAAGUCUGUAACGAGUGGCAUCCUCACAGCUUUAGGAAAUCUACUGUCUCAGAUUUUGGAGGCCAGAAAAAAGAGCAGCAAUGGAGCCCUGGUGAAUCAGAUUGACCCGGCUGGAGCUGCACGCUAUGCCAUUUAUGGGUUGGUUAUUACAGGACCGGUGAGCCAUUACUUUUACCAGCUGAUGGAGACGUGGAUGCCCAGCACAGACCCGCUCUGCAUAGUAAAACGUCUGCUUCUGGAUCGGCUGUUUUUGCCCGGCUUUCUGCUCAUUUUCUACUUUGUUAUGAACAUCCUGGAGGCUAAAGGGUGGAGAGACUUUGAAAAGAAGAUGAAAGGAAGUUACUGGACCGCUUUAAAGAUGAAUUGGAAAGUGUGGACUCCCUUCCAGUUCGUCAAUAUCAACUUUGUGCCUGUUCAGUUCAGAGUGCUGUUUGCCAACAUGGUCGCCUUAUUUUGGUACGCCUACCUUGCAACUGUGAGGAAAUAAAGGUUCCCUAGAUUUCCUCAGUGAAAAGGAUCCUGGAGGAAACGGCUUCUUCACAGUGGCUUUAACAUUUGGUUGUUUACUGUACUACAGUAUACAUAUACUGGACAGUUAUUCUCACAUACCGUAUAAUUAAUUAAUUCAAGUGUAAGCCAUUAUUACAUGCUCCUAUGAUAUGUUGGAUACAUGACUGUUUGUAAUUACAGAGCAUAAUACAUUUAUUUUUUACCUGCCAAAAUCUUGUAAGAUGUAAUAGUAAACAUUGAAUUAUACGAUAGAAAAAGUCUCCUAAUAACUGGUAUAAUGUACAUUUGAAAACAAUGCUUCAGUGUGCCUUUCUGGUUCCUUCUGGUUCCUUCUGGUUGUGGUCUGUACACGAACCCUAAGGGAGGAAAUGGUAGAUCGACAGGAAAGGGGAGGAGACAUGCAAAUUCAUAUUUGGAAAGUUAUUUUUAUUUGUUUUUAACAGUGUACAGUUAACAUAAUGACAUGUUGAGUGGAUCAAAUAUUUGUACUGCCAAAACCAAAUAAAGAAUUAAGAUAAGAUAAGAUAAGAUAAGAUAAGAUAAUCCUUUAUUAGU